AUGCAGUCAAAUAAUUCAGUUAUUGCCGUAACUUGGAGCUGUUAAGACGUAUUAAAUUCUUAUAUUUAAAAAGAAUCAGAAAAAAUUAUAGAAAAUAUAUAAAGAAAUCUCUUAAAUACGAAGUGUUUUUUUCAGUAUAAGUAAUACAUAAAAAAGAAGUCAAAAAAAUCUCAUAAAAAAUAGCAUUUAAAGCAGAAGAAGAAGAAAUUAAAAGAAACUGUGCAGAAUUACAAAAAAAUAUAUAUAUUUUUUUGUAUAUAUAGGAAAAAACAUUUAUUAUUUCAUUGGUGCGGUUAAGUUUUAUUAAAAAAAAAACCAGUGGAUUUAAGUUCAAAAAAGUGCUGUAGUAAAAAAACACACAUUUUGAGUCCAAAAUUGAAGUGUGUGAGAAAGUUCUAGAAGAAGCAAAAGUUUCAAGUUUUUUUUAAUUAAUUACUAGUGAAAUUAUUAUUUUUUUGAAAUAGUAAACAUGACUACCAAAAUGGCUAUUAAUGCUAAGGAUAUUUUCCGCAACCAACACCGUUUGAUACGUUUUAUCGAACAAUCAAUUCGAUUAUGCAGCAAUCAAUCCUUAAAGGCUGCCCAAGAGCAGCAACAGUUACAAAAACAACAAUUGGAAACUGAUUUUCAAAUUACCAAAUCUAUGACUUCACAAUUAUCAAAUGCUGUACCUGAACCCAUUACACAUGAUGAUGAUGUUGGUCAACAAUUCAGUGCCAGCCAAUUGUCGGUACGUUUGGCUACACCCCAACAAUUGCAACCUAAACCCGAUUGUGAUGAAGAUUUGGGCUUUGGUAAACUCUUCACAGAUCAUAUGUUGAAGAUAUACUAUCACAAGAAUUUGGGUGGCUGGCAAAAGCCUCAAAUUACACCCUUGGAAAAUCUUGUUAUGCAUCCCGCCGCCAAAGUAUUGCACUAUGCCGUUGAGCUUUUUGAGGGCAUGAAAGCCUAUCGUGGUGUUGAUGGUAAAAUUCGUAUUUUCCGUCCCAACAUGAACAUGAAUCGCAUGAAUGUCGCUGCCAAACGUUCCGGUUUACCCACAUUCGAGGGUGAAGAAUUCAUUAAGUGUUUAUCCCGCCUGAUUUCUAUUGAUUCCGAAUGGGUACCACACACAGAAGCUGCCAGUUUAUACAUUAGACCCACACUGAUUGGUAUUGAUCCCACCUUGGGUGUUGCCUCCUCAGAUUCCGCCUUAUUGUACAGCAUUCUCUCCCCCGUCGGUUGUUACUUUAAGAGUGAUGAUACCGGUGCUGUAUCCCUGCUAGCCGAUCCCAGUUACACAAGAGCCUGGCCAGGUGGUGUAGGUAAUCGUAAAAUGGGCUCAAAUUAUGCUCCCACGAUUAAUGUACAAAAAGAAGCCGCCGCCAAGGGUUUACAACAAGUUUUAUGGUUAUAUGGUGAUGAUCAUCAAUUGACCGAAGUUGGUACCAUGAACAUUUUCAUGUUCUACGUUAAUGAUCAAGGAGAAAAAGAACUGAUUACACCACCUUUGAAUGGUUUAAUUUUGCCUGGCAUUACCAGAGAUUCCAUUUUAACCUUAGCCCGCCAAUGGGGUAAAUUCAAAGUAACCGAAGCCACCUUUACCAUGCCACAACUCUGCGAGCUUUUGAAUCAAGGAAGAUUGCUUGAAUUAUUCGGCACUGGUACCGCCUGUGUGGUCAGUCCCAUUAAUCGCAUUAGCUAUUUGGGUCAAAAUCUCUACAUCCCCACCAUGGAACAAGAGAAACCUGUACACGAAACGAUUCGUAAGACUUUAACUGACAUUCAAUACGGCAAAGUUGAUCACCCCUGGUCUGUGGUUAUCGAUUAAAGUGUUUUUAAAGGUUAAAACUCUCCUUUAAAAAUUUUUUAAUUUAAACUUGUGUGUAUUAGUAGUUUUAAAAUAGCUCGAUUUAUAUAAUAAGUUUAUAAUAUUAGUUCCCCACAAAAAAGUGUUUAUUUCGUAAAGGUAUCUCUCACUCUCUCUCUCUCUUGCUGCAAAAUAACGCCCCAGCAAGAGAGCGAUAGCUUGAAGGACCAUUUGAAAACAACACUUUUUUGUGCUUAAAACCACCCCUCUCACAGCAGUUGAUAGUUGUUUUUUGUGUUAAUCUUUAGUUUAGUUUAACUUUAAUUGUAAAUUAUUUUAUAGGGUAAAGGAAAUUAAGGCUUUGAGUGACUACUAGCUCGAAUUUGUAUAGUAAAAAGUUGCAUUUAUCUAAAAAAAAAAAUCACAAAAAAAA